AACAACAUCACACUUAUGGUGCACGUGUAAUAAUUUCUCAAUGUCUCAAAGAAUUUUUAUUUAAAUCUAACUUAAAAUGGACGAAAGCAAGCCAAUAGUGAUAAAAGCGAAGCCCGUUAGAAGAGUAAUAAGGGCAACAAGAUCAAAUAAAAUUCCCGACGCAAUUAUAAACGAUAAAAAACUUCAAGCAGCUAUUGAAGUGUUACCAAAUAAUUAUAAUUUUGAAAUACCAAAAACGAUUUGGAGAAUACAAGAAACUAAAGCAAAAACGGUCGCGUUACAAAUGCCCGAAGGCUUAUUAAUGUACUCAACAACUCUCUGUGAUAUAAUUAGUGAAUUUACUGAAGCUGAUGUUAUAAUAAUGGGUGAUGUUACAUACGGAGCGUGUUGUGUAGAUGAUUUAACAGCAAAAAGUUUAAAUGUAGACUUAUUAGUACAUUACGGACAUAGUUGUUUAAUCCCAAACGACCCUAGUAAUAAUUUUAAAGUGCUUUAUGUAUUUGUUGAUAUUAAAAUUGAUCCACUCCAUUUUAUUGAUACGAUUAAAUUAAAUUUUAACUCCUUAGAUAUUAAAAUCGGAUUAGUUAGCACCAUACAAUUUGUAACUACAUUACAAGCCGUUUCGAACGAAUUACAAAAAUUGGGUUAUAAAGUUGUUGUUCCACAAUUUAAACCGUUAUCACCUGGAGAAAUAUUAGGUUGUACAGCACCUUUUAUUGAAAAUGUGGAUGUUUUGGUUUAUUUGGGAGAUGGUAGGUUUCAUUUAGAAGCCGCUAUGAUUGCAAAUCCUAAAUUAAAAGCUUACAAAUAUGACCCUUACUCGAAAGAGUUUACAAAAGAAUAUUAUGAAGAUGAUGAAAUGAAAUUGAACCGUUACAAAGCAAUUCAAGAAGCUAAAAAUUGUAAAAAAUUUGGUGUUAUUAUGGGUACUUUGGGUAGACAAGGAAAUCCUAAAGUUGUUGAUUUUAUAAAAAAGAGAAUUGAGUAUCAUAAAAAAGAAUGUAUGGUGAUAUUAUUAUCAGAAAUAUUUCCAAAUAAAUUAAAUCUUUUUAAUGAAAUUGAAGCUUUCGUACAAAUUGCUUGUCCAAGAUUGUCCAUUGAUUGGGGAAAUGCUUUUCGUAGACCUUUAUUGAAUCCUUAUGAACUAGCGGUUGCUUUGGGUGAUACAAAGUGGUGUGUGGAAAAAGAAAAUGAUGCUUAUCCCAUGGAUUUUUAUGCUAAUGAUAGUUUAGGAAUGUGGACACCUAAUUAUAAGCCAAAAAACGAUUGUAUGAAUACCGAUAAAUGUUGUGGAAAAUGUACUAAGGGAUAAUUUUUUUUUAUCUAGUGAAUUAAGUACUU